AUGGCCAACAUAACAACAACAACCACAACCUGCGAAUGCCACAUCAACACCACCGCCCUCCGCUCCCAACCCCCUUCCGUCUGGCGCAACAACCCCGCCGCUUGUCUAGACCAAUGCCGAACCCAGUUCCUGAGCGGGUUGCUCACCGCGUGGGGGGAGGAAAGCAGCAGCACAACAAGUGGGAACGGGAACGGAUGGGAACAAGGAUGCGGCAGUCUGAACAAGGGGGUGGAUGUGCGGGAGUUUUGGACGUUGUAUUGGUGUGAUGCGACGUUUUGUGGGGUGGCUAUUGAGGAGGGGGGUGGGUUGGGGCAGGAUCCAAACGUCGAUCGGAUCAUCAACACGUGUCAGAACAUCGGGUUCUACUCCCUCCUCGACCCCGGCCCACCCCCGACCUACUUCCACUGCCCCCUCGACAGCAACUCCUCCGGCGACUGCAGCUUUACCGCCCUGACCGCGCCCCAAGCUACACGAAACCCCGAGAUCGACCCGGGCUCGACGGCUCCCACACAAACAGUAACAACCGAUGGUUCUUCCUCCUCAUCAUCCCCGGCAUCGGCAUCCUCCUCAUCAUCGACACCAUCCUCGACGCCAGCUGGUACUACCUCUCCCCCAACGAACAAUCUCACAGCCCAAGGCAAAGCAGCCAUCGCCAUCUGCUCCGUGCUAGCACUCAUCAUCCUCAUCACGGUCGUGCUACUGUGUCUGCACCGACACAAACGGCGCAAAGCCUCGCUUGAUGACGAUGCUGGGGCUGACGUGCCGCCUUCUCGUCGAGCGCGCGAGGGGCUUUUGGCUCAGGAUCCAGAGGGAGGAAAUCAUCCAGAUGGUGGGGGUGGUGGUGAGACGGUGGCAAGCGGUGCGUCGCCUACGCCGCUUGUUUCGCCAACGACUGACGCUGUGGAUUAUGGGAACGGUCGUAAGAGUGAGAGUGGAAAUGGGAAUGAGAAAAAGAGUAAUGGUGGGGAUGAGAAGAAGAGUAAUGGAGGUGAUUCCAAGAAAGGGAUUCUGAAAACGACUACUACGGCUACUACGACCGCCACGACAUCGACCAGCGAGAAAGGAACAGGGAAACCAAAAAGGAGUAACCCACCCCUGCGCCUGCGCGACCGCAAGUUCCUGUUCCCCUCCCUCCUGCGGGCAGCGAGUAGUAGUGGGAAUAACAAUGGGAAAAGCCGGGCCUACUCACCUCCUUUAUCGCCCCUGACCUCCGUCCACAGCACACAUGGCACGACCUCGCACCCACCUUCGCGCAGCGGUGUCGCCUUUGCCUCGGGGGCUACCAGUCUCUCAGAGAAGGACGGACACGGCAUCUUCCCGGCCUCACCGAUCUGCUCGCCGACGGUGACCAAGCUAUUCCCAAGACAGGAGAAGAGCGGGGCCGUUACGACCGGGAGGUCAUCUGAAGCUGGAUACGCAGAUUACCCUCCUGCACCUCCACCUCCACCUCUUCCUCCGUCGGUGUUAUCAUCCGCUUCUGCCCUUUCGUCACCCGAAAAAAAGGUUAGAUUGGACUCACCACGGACGAAUUUCUCGCUGCCCGUGCCUCUACUAAAAGGUACCAAGGGGGAGAAACAAGGGAUUCAGAAACCCGAAAUCCCAAGCGACCCCGAACAAGUCCCCAUCGUCGGAGGCGACCCCAACCGUGCCAGCGACAGCGCCAGCAGCUACUACACCAACGGCACGUCCACGGCCCAUUCCUCUCUCCGACACCACGAGAUCCCCAUCGGAAUCCCGCUGUUUGCGGGAGACUCCCAUGCCCGCUCACCUUCCCCUUGUCCCUCUCUCUCCCCUUCUCCGCUACGCCCGCCCCGACCACACGAGGGCCCGUUACAUGUCCCGGGUCUGCUCACCGCGCGAGGGAGGAGCACAGGUACAGGAUCAGGAUCCUACACCCGGAACGAGAUACUUCUGCCAGGCGACCAUCACCCGCGAGGACGCACAGGAAGUGCCAGUAUCACGAGUGUCAGCAGCACACCGCCGCCUCCGCCGUUGAGUCCACCGCCCACGCGGGCGUUACCCAAGACGCCGAAUGGAGGUGCGUCGUCGCCUUCUCCUCCUCCGACGAGGGAGGUGAGUGUGUCUCUAGGAGGAGAAGGGGGGGAUGAGAAGGGAUUGGCUGGGGUACAUGUACCGCGGGCAUCGACGGUGGGUGGCAGGGCGUUCCCUUUGGUUACGCCCAACACGAAACCGGCCCAGACACAAAUCCAAUCCGGAACCGAUCCUGAACCUCAGCCCGGACCAGCCGAAGCCCAGCGCCACCACCAACCCGACGUCAAACCCCACUUCAGCCUCAUUGUUCCCGAUCGAACCCCAGAAGCCAAACUCCCUCUCAAUACCUUCCCAGACCCCAAACCCAACGCCAACGCCAACCACCCUAACCCCGAACUCAAACCCAAACCCAAAUCCACACACAUUCCUAGCUCCCCAUCAAAACCCGACCUCAGCCCUGGCACCAACAUCGAACCCAUAUCAAUAUCUCCCACCGCCAGCCCACUUCCCCAGCACCUCGGCCUCGGCAGCCCCGUCCCUGGCCCUAGUGCCGCUGUUGAUGGGCCACCACCGCCGUAUGAGUACGACAGCCAUAGCCAGGGUGGUCAAGCUAUUCUUAGGAAGGGUGGUGAUAACGAUGUACAGCCCACUGGCGAGGGCGUCGGGGAUGUGCUGCGUCGGGGUGAUUGGAGAGGGAGUUGGGGAAGUUGGGGGGAGAUGGGGGGUGGUGGGAUGCCGGGUGUGAAUGGGGCAUCUGGUGGUGGUGAUGAAGGGAUAUCAGGUGGCGGGCGGGGGUAUAACAGUCUUGAUGCUGCCGGUGAAAGUAUUGGGAUGGGACGGGGCCGUUUUGAUGGGGAGGUGGAUGUGAAGGGGCCGGGACUGGCGGGUGUGUCGAUCAGGGGAGAGACUGCUGGGUGA